GUCCCUAUGGAGGCGCCGCUCGCCGGCGAGGCCGCCGACCAUGCCUAGGCGGGCCGGGAGCGGGCAGCUGCCGCUACCCCGGGGCUGGGAGGAGGCCAGGGACUACGACGGCAAGGUCUUCUACAUCGAUCACAACACCAGAAGGACCAGCUGGAUCGAUCCCCGGGACAGGUUAACGAAGCCCUUGUCCUUUGCUGAUUGUGUUGGGGAUGAGCUGCCGUGGGGAUGGGAAGCAGGGUUUGACCCUCAGAUUGGUGUCUACUACAUCGAUCACAUCAACAAAACCACACAGAUAGAAGAUCCAAGAAAGCAAUGGAGAGGGGAACAGGAGAAAAUGCUCAAGGACUAUCUCUCAGUGGCUCAGGACGCACUCAGGACCCAGAAGGAGCUGUACCACGUGAAGGAACAAAGACUGGCUCUGGCCCUCGAUGAAUAUGUACGCUUGAACGAUGCUUAUAAGGAAAAGUCAAGUUCUCGCACAAGCCUAUUCUCAGGCUCUUCAUCUAGUACUAAAUAUGAUCCUGAUAUUUUGAAAGCUGAGAUCUCCACGACACAAUUAAGGGUGAAAAAGCUGAAGAGAGAACUCUCACAGAUGAAGCAAGAACUGCUCUAUAAAGAACAAGGCUUUGAAACAUUACAACAAAUUGAUAAAAAGAUGUCUGGAGGCCAGAGUGGGUAUGAACUUACUGAAGCCAAAGCCAUCCUAACUGAACUAAAAUCUAUCAGAAAGGCUAUUAGCUCUGGAGAAAAGGAAAAGCAGGAUCUGAUGCAGAGUCUUGCCAAGCUACAGGAGCGAUUUCAUUUGGAUCAAAACAUGGGCAGAUCUGAGCCAGAUUUGAGAUCCAGUCCUGUGAACUCUCACUUGUCUCUCUCCAGACAGACCCUUGAUGCCGGCUCACAAACCAGCAUUUCCGGAGAUAUGGGAGUGAGAAGUAGAUCACACUUAGCUGAAAAGGUCAGGCUGAGUCUACAGUAUGAAGAAGCCAAAAGAAGUAUGGCAAACUUAAAGAUCGAGCUAUCGAAACUGGAUGGUGAGACCUGGCCGGGGGCGCUGGAUGUUGAGAAAGAGAGACUGAUGCUCAUCAAUGAAAAGGAAGAACUGCUGAAGGAGCUGCAGUUUGUCACCCCUCAGAAACGCUCCCAGGAUGAGCUGGAGCGGCUGGAAGCCGAGCGCCAGCGGCUGGAGGAGGAGCUGCUGGCCGUGCGGCGAGCACCAAGCCGUGCCCUGGCCGAGAGGUUGAAGCUGGAGGAGAGAAGGAAAGAGCUGCUACAGAAACUUGAAGAAACUACUAAAUUAACUACUUCAUUGCAUUCACAGCUCAAAAGCCUUUCGGCCAGCACCCUGUCCAUGUCGUCGGGGAGCAGCCUGGGAUCUCUGGCAUCUAGCCGGGGCUCUCUGAACACCUCCAGCAGGGGCUCACUCAACUCACUCAGCUCCAGCGAGCUGUACUACAGCAGUCAAGGCGACCAGCUGGAUGCCGACUACCAGUAUAAGCUGGACUUCCUCCUACAAGACAAAGGGGGUUACAUCCCUUCCGGACCCAUCACCACCAUUCAUGAAAAUGAGGUGGUAAAGUCUCCAGGCCAGCCUGGCCAGACUGGACUCUGUGGGGGGACAGCCACAGCUGCCGGCCCCGCGCCACCACUGUCUGAGGCCCCCAAGUCUGUGACAUCCCUGUCCUCAAGGUCCUCUCUUUCCUCCUUGUCACCUCCCGGCUCACCCUUGGUCUUGGAGGGCACGUUCCCCAUGUCCCCACAUGACGCCGCUCUCCAUCCAUUCACUGCUGACUUCGAAGACUGUGAAUUGAGCAGCCGCUUUGCAGACAUCGGCCUGGGUGAAAAUCAAAUACUGCUUGACUCUGACUCCGGAGGAGCAUCCCAGGCCAUGUUGGAGGAUAAAGACCUUAGUGGGUGUGCCAGUGAGCCUCUGUAUGAAGGAGCUGCAGAUGUGGAAAAGUCAUUACCAAAAAGAAGAGGAAUCCACCUUCUUGGGGAGAAAACAGCUGGUGUGUCGGCUGCUGUGUCUGAUGAGUCCGUGGCUGGGGACAGUGGGGUCUACGAAGCUUUCAUGAAACAGCCAAGUGAGCUCGAAGAUGUUCCGUACGGGGAAGAGGAUGCUGCCGUUAUGGAGACUGCCCAGGUGCAGAUUGGGCUCAGAUACGAUGCAAAAAACUCCAGCUUCAUGGUGAUCAUAGCACAACUUCGAAAUCUUCAUGCCUUCUUGAUACCUCAUACUUCAAAAAUAUAUUUUCGGGUUGCUGUGCUGCCCUCCUCAGCCGAUGUCAGCUGUCUCUUUCGGACCAAAGUCCACCCGCCCAUGGAGGCCGUGUUGUUUGGCGACAUGUUCCGAGUGGCCAUUUCCCAAGCCACCUUACAGCAGAAGACACUACGAGUUGAUCUUUGCUUGGUGCGGAAGCACUGGCGGGAGGAGUGCCUGGCUGGAACUCAGAUCAGCCUGGCAGAUCUACCAUUUUCCAAUGAGGUUUUCACUCUGUGGUAUAACUUGCUACCUUCCAAGCAAAUGUCUUGCCGACAGAAUGAAGAAGAAAAAGAGGAUUCUGUAUUUCAACCAAGUCAGCCAUUAGGAGACUCCAUAGACCUGGAUGCAGUGUCAGCCUUAUUGGCAAGAACAUCAGCUGAGCUGUUGGCUGUAGAACAAGAGUUAGCACAAGAAGAGGAGGAGGAACCAGAGCGAGAAGAACGAAGGGGUCCAGAUGGCGACUGGCUGAUGCUGCUAAGAGAGCCCGCCAACGAAAUGGUGGCUGAAAAUGAGGCUGACGUUAAGUUGCUAAAGGGCAGUAGCUGUACAGAAGACUCAACUUCAUGCAUGCACAUUCCAGGGAUGAAUGAGGAUGGGAGCAGGAAAGGAAACAACUGUGCCAAAGACUUGGGAAGUCAGACACGUCCUGGCACCCCCAUGCUGGUGGAUAAGGAGACGAACACGGAUGAAGCAGUUAGUGAAGGGGUGGCAGUUCGACCCAAAGACCGAAGCAGCCUGGGCUCAAGACAGCCGCCCUUCGCGCGGAGCAGCGUGAUAGUUCGCUCGCAGACUUUCUCGCCAGGCCAGCGGAGCCAGUACGUCUGCAGGUUAAAUCGAAGUGACAGUGACAGUUCAACCUUGGCUAAAAAAUCCCUCUUUGUGAGAAACUCCACCGAACGGCGCAGUCUGAGAGUCAAAAGGACGGUGUGCCAGCCAUCCCUCCGAAGGGCAGCCCAGGAGUGCCCCGUGCGAACCUCCCUAGACUUGGAACUGGACCUGCAGGCGUCUCGCACCCGGCAGAGCCGCCUCAACGACGAGCUGCAGGCCCUCCGGGGCUUGCGGCAGAAGCUGGAAGAGCUGAAAGCUCAGGGAGAGACCGACCUGCCACCAGGGGUGCUGGAGGAUGAGAGGUUCCAGAAGCUCCUGAAACAGGCCGAGAAGCAGGCUGAGCAGUCAAAAGAAGAGCAGAAGCAGGGUUUGAAUGCAGAGAAACUGAUGAGACAAGCCUCCAAGGACGUGUGUCGGCUUCGGGAGCAGAGCCGGAAGGUGCCUCAGCAGGUGCAGUCCUUCAGGGAGAAGAUGGCUUACUUCACCAGGGCCAAGAUCAGCAUCCCCACGCUGCCUGCAGACGACGUGUGACCAUCACUCAUGAUGCUGUUUGCUCACCUGUUCGCUCAGUCAGGGAGGGUGAAAGACUGAACUUUGGUCUUCUUUCUUCCUUUUACUUUAUUUUUAUUAUUAUUAUUUUUGUAAUGUAAUUGUCAACUCUUGAAAAACUGUUAUUUCACAUGUUAUUUUCAUCAUGUUGAUUUAUAAAAAAA